AUGCCGCCUCCUCCUCCUCCCCCUCCGCCGCCCGGAGGGAUGGGAGGCCCUCCUCCACCUCCACCUCCAGGAAACCUGCCGAGCAGACCAUCGAAGGGACAAACAAAAGAUCGGGGCGCACUUCUUUCAGAUAUCAAUAAGGGAACUCGUUUGAAAAAGGCCGUUACCAAUGACAGAUCGGCGCCGGUCGUUGGAGGAGGCUCAGGUGGGAAUACGGGUGGUCCUCCUGUUGCUGGCGCUCCGCCGGUUCCUACUAUGGCCAGGCCGCCAGCUGCACCACCUGUUCCCUCAGGCAACCGACUACGAAGUGGCAGCGAAGCUGGCUCAGGGGUUGACAGUGGCCCGAGUGCCCCGGCCGCUCAACUAGGUGGACUCUUCGCGGGGGGUAUGCCCAAGCUGCGCAGUCGAGGAGGAGUCGAUACGGGAGCCAACAAACAAGAUUCGCCGUAUGUCUCGAACAACUCGGCGCCUAAACCACCCGCUGCGUCCGCACCAAAGCCCCCAACAGCUCCUAGACCACCAGGCGCUCGCCCUCCCCCACUACCACCCUCCACAGAAUCGCCUCCUGCGCCUAAUCCGUUGGUUGCCGCUCUUCGCAAACCGCCGCCGAGACCGGCCUCCCGGCCAUCGUCGACCGUGUCAUCGAGGACCGCACCAGACACACCACCGCCGCGCGCACCUCCUCCGCUGCCGGGGUCGUCAAAGCCACCACCUCCUCCAGUUUCUCCAAGAAAACCUUCCACUCCCGCUCCUCCUCCCCCGCCUUUUUCUGCUCCAUCUGCGCCUACUCCGCCUCCGCCGGCAGCUCCGCGGCCACCCCCUCCUCCUCCCGGCCCAGCACGAUCGACCCCUCCGCCUCCGCCGUCCGCACCACCACAGAAUGGAAUUGGUGGCGCUUCGAUAGCCGUACAAGCAGCUCGAAACGCUCUUGGGCACAAGGAAUCAGCACCAGCGGCACCGCCGCCCCCUCCUCCAGCCUCAUCAGCACCCGCAGCACCUCCUCCGCGCCCCCCAGUUUCACCGCCGUCAGCUCCCCGGGCCUCACCGCCGCCUCCGCGUGCUCCACCACAAGAGACAGGAGCUUAUACGCUUAGCAACGGCGGACCAUCGUUGGGAGCAGCUGGUGGACACGGAAUUCUUGCGGUGGAUGACAAUCGGUUCAAGUUCCAAAGCGAAGGACUCUUGCCGAAGCCAAGGCCAUUCUCACGAGAGGUACGAAGAUACCGUGCAGGACGGGGAAGCAGCGUGCCUCUUGAUCUGAGUGCUUUGAGUGGUUGA